ACCUGGAUAAGCUUCUUUAAUAAAUCAAAAGAAGUAGCUUUUAUAAUUGCCAAAACAAGUAUUUAACUUGUUUACACUGCUCUAGCUCUCUUGAUAAUUCCCAUAAAUAGGGCUGCUACUUUGAUACCAAGAAAUAACUAGAUUUAAGAUGAGUGCUCUACGUUGCCUUAUAAUUUUACUUUUUGGAGUUCUGCUGACAUUAGCAGAAAACUAUAAGUCCGAGGAUAAUAAAGAUCAACAUCCUCUGCCAGAUGAAGUGAAAAACGAAUCUGUAGAGCGGAUACGCCGUCAGAUUGGAGCCUUUGGCUAUGGCAUUGGAAUAUUUGGAGGAAGACCUAUUGGUAAUCCCUAUUAUCUGGGUAAUCCAUAUGUUAAUCCUUACUUUGUACAACCCUUUGGGCAUUAUAUCCAUGAUCGUCGAUUUGGAGGAGGAUUUGCUGGAAAUUUCUAUGGUCGCUAGGGUAU